GCUAUUGGGGAGUCUGCUCUACUGUCCCCUUGCCUGGGGGGCUCUUCGUAGGGCUCCCCGCGCUCUGAGGGAGCAGCGCAGGUGGCUCCUCGGUGUCCCUGGCUGAGGGCCUAGUGAGGCGAAGGGGGUUGGCAAAAGCUUGGCAUGGAGGGUGAGGGGCAAGGCGGGGCCGGAUGCUCCCAAUGAGAAAUUCUGGGCCCGUCCCAUUAAGUGCUUGGACUCGGCUCCCACGCGUCCUGGGCCUGGGUGGUUCCGCAGCUCUGCAGGAGGCUCUCUCCGCCUUGACUCCGUGCAAGGCGGGUGCUGUCUCUAGCUCCUCGCCGAGCUCUGCUCCGGCAGUAUCCUGAUUGCAGAGCUUUCGUGGGCUCUUUGAAACGCAAAUGAUUCCAGUCUGCCCCGGGGUGGCAAUAAGCUGGUUGCCUAUCGGGCUCUGGUUAGAGUACUCAGUGGAAGGGGAGGUGAGCAGCAUAAUUAAAGAGAAUGAGACUAGGCGGUAGCACUACAAAACCCCUGAAGAAUAGAAAAGAAUAAGAAAAACAGAAAUGAAGGAAGAAAAAAGGAAGAAAAAAUUAAAGCACUCUGGGGCAGUAAAGGAAGAGCUAGUCCAUGAAAAUGAACCAAAGAAAAAGAAACAAAAGCUGGAGAGAGCAAAAAAGGUGGAGAAGGAGGUGGAGGACCUUACUGCAGAGGAAAGGAGGACAUUAGAAAGAAAACUGAAGAAAGAACGUAAGAAGGAAGAAAAAAAACUAAUGCAGGAAGCUGGAAUUGCUGCAAAGAAAGAAGAGCCCAAAAAGCCAUCAGGAGCUGAGCUAGCACUGGAGUAUUUAACUAGCUGGUCCAAAAAACCCAAUAAAUGGAAGUUUCAAAAGACAAGACAGACUUGGCUUCUUUUGCACAUGUAUAAUAAAGAGAAGGUUCCAGAUUCAUAUUUCUCUAUUUUAUUGGACUAUCUGGAGGGGCUUAAAGGCAACGCACGAGAUGUAACCAUGAAGAAAGCUGAAGCUCUUAUGAAAGAGUAUGAUAAUUCAGACACAGAAGAUCCAGGCCUGUUGGAGAAGUGUGAGCGCAUACGAAAAGUUUUACAGCUAUUAUCAUGAAAGUGUGUAAACCAAACCUUGUCAUUAUUCUAGAUUCGUCUGUCUCUGGCAGAGCAGGUGUGAUGCAACAAAUAACUUUUUUUAAAAUGUAAUGACACUUUUCUCAUUAAGAAUUGUAAUUUUGAUGAGAUAUCAUAUUUCCCUUGCUCAUUGUACAAUAUUUUUAAUCAAUCAUUAAACAGUUUAUAAAGAGACUGAUGUCAAAACAAACAUUGUUAAACAUUCUAUUUUGGCUCCAUCAAGUAAUUUUUACAUCUCUUGAAAAUGAAUGGAGACAUCCAUCUCCCUUUAGUUCUUCACAUAUCCACAUGUAAAUACUGUUAACUGAUGAGAGAAGUUUUGUCUCAAUAAAAGCAAAGCAAACUA